AGUUCCGCUCGCUGCCGCUUUGUUAUGUUCGUGUUGUAUCGUCGACGUGUUGGUGUUUUUCGUUUGAUUGAGUUGAAUAUCGUUGUCAGUGUCAUCCGGUCGACUUCGCUUAUUUUGAGUUUUGACUUUUAUUAGUUUUAUUUGCUAUUGUAUACGUAAAUGACUGAUUAUAGCGUGACCGUCAAUUAAGAUUAAAUUUUAUAUUAAAACUACUUAGAGAAAAAAUGAUUUCCAAUAUACUUAGAUCCCAAAUUAUAACAGUGUUUUGUGUUAGUUAGUUUAGAAGGAAUAACCGUGAUGUGUGCAAGAGUGAACAGGUGACUUUAAACCAUAUGUUUCGAUUUUUAGGCCAUUCUUUUAAUCUUAACGAAACAAACGGUGAAGCGAUUAAAUCAUCAGAAGUUUUAAAUGAAAGGAAACAGCGAAACGACAAUUUUUCAAAUGAAUAAAAAUGUCAACAGAAGGAAGCGGCGAAACUCCCUCAACAGUGCCAAGUUUGCCCGGAGCACCGGAGCAAACAUAUUUAUUCCCCAAAGCAAAGGGACAUUCCAGAUCUAUAAGUCAUGGAGGGACACCGAUGCUUGCCGGAAACCCGGCGGUAGCGCGUCCACUCAAGUCUGCGUUACGCGGCCACCAAAGAGCUCUGUCUCAUGGUCAGAUAGUAGAAGGGCCACGUGCGGCGUCUGGACCAGGUCACAGCCGCACCGGUAGCCGCACAGACUUUAUCCUACCACCAGGCCACCGGGAACCAACGCCGGCCAGUGCCCAGCCACGCUUAGGUUCGGUUCGCGCGCACCACUCUCGUCAAGCCUCCCGUUCUGACUCGAUUUACACAAUUCGUCGAAGUUCUGUAGUUGGGCCAUGGCGGCGCGCGUUUUUUUGGCUCCUACGUCGACAACAGCCUGCUGUUGAUAAUCGACUACUUAUAGUUACUCCUAACCACUUAGUGCCUGACAAAACUCCUCCAAAAGACCACCCAAAUGGACACAGAUGUGAUAAUAAAAUCAGGACUACAAAAUAUACACUACUAUCAUUCUUACCAAAGAACUUAUUUGAACAGUUCCAUAGGAUUGCAAAUGUGUACUUCAUUUUCAUAGUGUUAUUGAACUGGGUGCCAGCAAUCAGUGCAUUUGGCAAGGAGGUUGCGAUGCUGCCCGUGUUGUUUGUGCUUGGGGUGACUGCCAUUAAGGAUUUGUUUGAAGACCGCCGCAGACAUCUAUCUGAUAAAAGGAUCAACAACUCAUUCUGUAGAGUUUAUAAAAAAUCAGUAGAGCGGUACGUGCGAGUGAAGUGGCGGGAUGUCCGCGUCGGAGACAUUAUACACCUGUCGAACAAUGAAGCCGUGCCGGCCGAUAUGGUGUUGUUACAUUCCUCAAACCCCAUAGGUAUCUGUUACCUAGACACGUGUAAUCUCGACGGGGAAACUAAUUUGAAACAAAGAAUAGUGGCGCCCGGUUUUAAAGACAAGCACGCAGAGUUCAAUCCAUUAAAAUUUAGAAGUACCGUAGAAGUGGAAAGACCAUCGACUAAAAUUUAUCGAUUUACCGGCACGAUUUCACAUCCGGACGGUGCACGAGUACCGCUCAACUCGGAACAUCUUCUUUUAAGGGAAUGCACGAUCAAAAAUACAGAUUACGUAGAAGGCAUUGUUGUUUACGCGGGACACGAAACUAAAGCUAUGCUCAACAACGGUGGUCCGAGAUACAAAUGCUCCAGUUUAGAGAAAAAGAUGAACACGGACAUCAUUUGGUGUGUCUUGGUGUUGCUUUUUUUAUGUUGCGCCGGCGCAGUUGGCUGCAAAGUUUGGUUAGAUCAAUACUACACACCUGACAUGCCGAUGUAUAAAUUUGUCCCUUUUGUUCCAUACGAUGCAAAACCGGCGUACGAGGGUUUAUUGAUAUUUUGGACUUACAUAAUAGCUCUUCAAGUCAUGAUACCUGUGUCUUUAUAUGUCACUAUAGAAAUGACGAAACUCCUCCAAGUGUAUCAUAUACAUCAAGAUGUAGAAAUGUACGAUCCAGCAACGAACACUCGAACCGAAUGUCGAGCGUUGAACAUAACCGAAGAAUUGGGGCAGAUUAACUAUUUAUUUAGCGACAAAACAGGGACUUUAACAGAGAACAAGAUGGUGUUCAGGCGAUGCACGGUAGGAGGCGUGGACUAUGACCAUCCGCCUGGUCCGCCUGCUGAACCUUCGUCAACUCUGCCGCCAAUAGUCACACCCAUAACUAAAGUGUCGCCAAAUAGAAGAAUGCUUCAACACUUGCUAGACAGUAACGAUACCCAACAUACACAGAAGGUCCGCGAGUUCCUGUUGAUUCUGGCAGUAUGCAACACCGUGGCGGUGAGUCAACCGCACGUCGACACCAUGCAGAUGAGUGGCUCUCAUUCCGGCGACCAGUAUCCCGAUAAGCCGAGUCGUUCCAACGGCACACUCCGAUCCAAUGAUAAGUACGCGCGUCUGACCGAAUCUCGUUCUACGACGCCCUCGCCGCCGCCGUCCACGACUUCGCCACUCAGGAUUCGCUUGCCGAAAUUGCCAUUUGUAUGCCGAGACGAUAACAAUAGCGAACCGAGCACAUCUACCGAGCAACAACUAGCACGAUACGAAGCGGAGAGCCCCGACGAAUUGGCGUUAGCGGAGGCGGCACUGGCCUACGGCUACGAGCUGCGGGCGCGGACGCCCGACGAGGUAGAGGUGGGCAUCCGGGGCGAACUCACGCGGCUGAAGGUGCUACGCGUACAGCAGUUCGACGCCAAUAGGAAGUGCAUGUCGGUUGCCAUGCGCAUGCCCAAUGGACAGGUGGUGCUGUACGUGAAGGGCGCGGACAGCACGGUGCUGGGCGCGCUGGCGCCGCUGCGCGCGGGCUCGGCGGAGGCGGCGGCGGCGGAGCGCACGCGCGCGCUGCUCGGCGAGUACUCGCGCGCCGGCCUGCGCACGCUCGUCAUGGCGGCGCGCACGCUGCCGCCCGCGCUCUGGGACGACUGGCUGGCCGCGCACGCGCGCGCCUCCGAGCCCGGCGAAGGUCGCGAGAGGCGCAUGCGCGAGUCGCUGGCGCGGCUGGAGAGCGCGCUGCGGCUGGUGGGCGCGACGGGCGUGGAGGACCGGCUGCAGCACGCCGUGCCGCGCACCGUGCGCGCGCUGCUGGACGCGGGGCUGGCGCUGUGGGUGCUCACCGGCGACAAGCCCGAGACCGCCGUCAACAUCGCCUACUCCGCCGCGCUCUUCUCGCAGGCCGACCGCCUGCUCUACCUCAUGUCGCGCGACAAGGAGCACGCGGAGUCGACGAUCAAGAGCUACCUGGAGACGAGCUCGGGGGCGGGCGGCGGUGGUGGUAGCGGCGGCGGGCGUGCGCUGGUGGUGGACGGGCGCACGCUCACGUACAUCCUGGACCGGCGCUCGGGGCUCGUCACGCCGUUCCUGUCGCUGGCGCGCCGGUGCUCCGCCGUGCUGUGCUGCCGCGCCACGCCGCUGCAGAAGGCCUACAUCGUCAAGGCGGUAAAAGAAGAGCUCAAUGUGACAACCCUCGCCAUAGGCGACGGGGCCAACGACGUGUCUAUGAUACAAACUGCCGAUGUAGGAGUUGGGCUGUCGGGGCAAGAGGGACGGCAAGCUGUGAUGGCUUCGGACUUCGCACUCUCUCGGUUCAAAUUUUUAGAGCGGCUACUGCUAGUCCACGGCCACUGGUGCUACGACCGUCUUGCCAGGAUGAUAUUAUACUUCUUCCUCAAAAAUGCCACAUUUGUGUUCCUGAUAUUCUGGUACCAGCUUUACUGCGGCUUCUCAGCCAUGGUGAUGAUUGAUCAGAUUCACCUUAUGUCCUACAACCUCAUGUUCACCGCGUUCCCACCGCUCGUGAUCGGCGCGUACGACCGCGCGGCGCCCGCGUCGCUGCUGACGGAGCGGCCGGGGCUGUACGCGGCGGCGCGGCGCGGGCUGGCCUACCGCCGCCACUCGUACUGGCUCGUGCUGGCCGAGUCCGUCUACAUCAGCGUCGUCAUCUUCUUCACCGCCGCCAGCGCCUACUGGGACACCCACGUCGACGUCUGGCAGUUCGGCACCUGCGCCAUGACCUGCUGCCUCGUCAUCAUGCUCGUCUACGUCGCCAUCGAGACCAGGAGCUGGACGGUGAUACACUUGCUGGCGCUAAGCGGCUCGCUAAUAGCGUUCUUUGUGCUGACGCUGAUAUACCAAUCGGUGUGCGUAUCGUGCUUCAACCUGCCGUCUACGUACUACGUGAUGCAGCACGCGAUAGCCGACCCCAUCUACUGGCUUGUAGUCAUACUUACCACCGUCACCGCUCUCGCACCCAGGCUAGCAUACCACGCAAUCCGUAACUCGGUCCGGCCAGGUACGUUGCGGCGGGCGGUGCUGGCGCGGCGGCGGCAUGUUCGCUCGCGGCUGCCGUACGCCGCGCACUACCGCACCGACCCUGCGCAGGCGCACGUCUACAGGUCGACGGACGAGGACGGUCUGCACAAGCCACCGUCUGAGGUGGCGGCGAUCACCUGACGGUGAGCGGCGGCGCCGACCGCCCACUGUCCAGUUGGUUACCUUGAUCCAUACGUUAAACCUAGGCUGUGAUCUGUCAUUAGAACUAUUGUAUUAUAACCCUAGAAUAAUAUAUACAGUGCUUUUUACAACCACGGGGACCAAUGUGGCAGUUGCGAUGGAAACUAGAGAGUUUGGGUGAGCCACGACUUUCCAUUUUAGUAUCUACGUUUAUAUUUUUUAGUGUAACUAUAUAUAGUAUAUUCUGAAUUUUAAUUCGAGUCGACAACUCGACAUUUGACGGGAUGAAAUUUAUUAUUGACAUUUCUAAAGACGUUAUUGGUGAGCUUCACUCGAAUAUAUUGUCUAUUAAAUUGUAUGAAGACACGAAAUUAUUCAAUUUCAAUCCAGUAUAGUGUCGAAUUAAAAAAAAAACUAAGUAUUUAUUUAAUGAUAAUGACUUCUAUGUAGCCAGUAUUCAUCAAACGAUGAAGGUUGAAGUGAUGAUAAUGGUGAUGGAGACAGUAUUGAAAUUUUAAAUAUAACUGACUCGAAUUAAAAAUCGGGCAAAUAGCAAUUGCGAAAGGAGAGUGUAACGAUUUUUUGAAUACAAGUGAAGGAAAUUAUUAUGAAUACUGGCAACAUAAAGGGACUAUACAGUUCCAAGGUAUUAUUUAUGGUAUGUAAUCUAUUUAAUUUUUUCUCGAAAAGUGGAUCUAGUCUUUGGUUGGUAAUGUAAGUACCCGGCUGAGAACAAUAUGUUAUUGUUCGCCGCGAGUUCAUCGCACGGUGUACUGUGGGCACUCCGCGCCUGCGCAUGCGCACGUACCGUACUGUUCUCACGCACCAUAAAAACAUGUUCGAUAUGCAUUAGGAUUAUUCGAGCGUUGCCAGAUUGGAUAUUUUUCCUCCAAUAUUGGUUAAAAAUUUAGAUCUUAGGGAAAUAGAAUUAUUAGAAAAAAUUUUGAUAACUCAUGAAAUCGAUGUAGGGUUUUUUUUUCGGGUAAUUUAAGAUUUUGGCAUUUGUAAGCCCUAUAUAGAUAGAAUAUAUCAUUGAAAGCAGUCAGAUGACGUUAAAAUGUUAACAUAGAGGUACAGAGUUUAAAUUUUCCUUCCUUGUGUAGUGAUUACUUGAUAAAACGUAAUAAAAACGGGCUAAAAUUUAUAUUUAGGUAAAAAUGAAGGAAAUCAAAUCAAUUUAAAGAAAAUAUAUUAAAAAUUUUAAGAAAAAUAUAAAAAAAAAUGCAACUGGCAAUGUUGGAUUAGGCACGUGCGCUUCAUGUUCGCAGGUGCGGAUCCGCCGUAAUAGGUAUGUCAAAUCUUUUUAUCGUUGUUAUAUUAUUAUUGUUAAUUUUAAUCAGUAUUGUACAACGAUGCGAGAUGAAGAAAAGAAACUAAUGACAGGUUUGUAGUUGAAUUGUAAUACUAUUUUAUUUAUUUAAUUCCUGGGAAAAAAUGAACAUUUAAAAAUUGAAUACUACCAUAUAUGUUUUGCCAUCUCAAAAUAAAAUCAACAAAAAAAAAAUUAUAUGUACUUAUCAAAAUCGCUUAACGGCCAAAUUACUUUGCAAGUCAUUUAGAAUGACACGUAUUAGCUGAAGUGCUACAAAUUGUAUGUUUUUUUAUUUUAACAAAGUAUUCAAGUUUUGUUCAAUGUAUAGAAAUAUUUUUAGUAAUACUAUGCGUUAGUGUGAAAGCAGAGUGAUAAAAUAAUGUAUGUUAGAUGUGUGACGUGACGUCGUUGGCUUCCUUCUCGUUCUUAAUGUGAGUACUGACUAUGGUGUUCAUACAUCCAUUCAUCACUGACCAUUCGUCAAAAGACGAAUAGACAUCAAAACUUAUAAAAUCUAAUUCUGAUUUUAACAAGUCGCAACGAUUUGUGCUUGUUGAUUUGCAUUUUUGGACGUAUUCGCAUUCGUAAUUUUUCGUGAUUAGUGAUUUUUUGGAUUAAUUAAUAGGAAUUAUACUAAAUUACUUAUGUCCAUCAUUGUACGUCUUAAAAUUGAUGUAUGAAUAAAAUGUGACAAAUUAAAAGAUAGGUGUUGGUAAUUUCCAUUUCAUUAUUUGCUCUUCUAUUGCAGUUGUUUUAUUUAAUUGUUUAAUGUAAUAUUUUAUGUAUGUAUUUAUUGUAUGUAAUAAUGUUUCAAUCACAAAAAAAUUAGAUUAAUGAUCAGUCUUAUUCAUGAUCCGUACCCGACCCAAAGGUCCUCAUGACACUUGCGGCAUUUCCGCGUUGGAUUGCCAAAGAUAUCCUUUGAGCCAGAUACGAACCGGAAUUAUAUAUAACAUAUAGCCUAUUUCAUGUCACAAAAAAUAUCAGCGAUUUUUUUUUAACAAAAAAAUAUGUAGUCUUAUACUGCAUAAAUGGUUUUGUUCCAUAAAAAGUGGUGGAACUUUGAUAGGCAAAUUUAUCUUUUAAAUUUUUAUAUUGACUUUAGUAAAAAUCAUAUAUACAUGUGUAUAUGAAUUUUAUCCUACAUGGGAUUUGCAAGUGAUUGACGUCGUAGUGAACGUAAUACCAGACGUGUCCACAAUUUGUUGUGCAUAUUUGAAUGUAUGAAUUAUAAAUAAAUGGUUUCCACAAAACGAGAUAUAGACAAUGUAUCGCGGUUAGCAUGUUUUCCGCUACCAUUGAGCAUUUUAAAUUGUAUUAUAACUUUUGAACCUUAUGUACAACAUGUAACAUUCAAAUUUGUAUGAUAGGUUACUUAUCAAGACGGUGCGGUUACAAUGACUGACGACAUCUAACCACCAUUAUUUUUUUUUUACAAUAUUUUAUUAUUUUUAUCACUCCUUAUCUAUUAUCAUGUCAUAUAAACAUAUCUACGGAAAUAAAUCAUGUUUUCAAUAAACUGAUAACAAUUUAAUUAACAAGAAUUAAUAACAUCUAGAAAGCAGUGAUAAUACAAAAUGAACAUUGUAGUCAGUACACAUGCUUAUACAUAUAAUAUAGAUAGCUAUAAUACGACCGCUGCCUUGCCCAACACUGCAAAUAGGGCGAUGUUUAACCCGCGUUGAUGGAAAUACAUCCACGCAUCCAAUUGAGAUUUAUCUGCGUUCCAUAUUUAAAUUAUUAUAAGUUUGUAUACAGCCAUGUUUCAUUUAUUCUCUAAUAUUUGUGUGCGUAUAUAUGUACAUACAAUACAUGUCAACAUGUAAGGUAGUUUUAAGACCUACGCAGGUGGCAGCCAUUUUACCGUCAACGUAAUUUUCUUCAUGUAGUAAGUAACACACAUUUUUGAAGAUUAAAAUUCAGGAAAGUCACUAAAUUAAUAGGAAAUUUUGUAUACAAUCAAAGUUCUCCUCCUCUACACAGGCCAUUAAAUUACAAAUGCAACAAUAAGUAGGUCAUAUCUGAAGCAAUUUAUACAUUUAAUAUAAGUUAUGCGAUCACCUUUCUGGCACUUGGACAUCAUAAUGUAAUUUAAAGGUUCAAAUUAGUCGAAACAACAAAUGGCAUUGCUUAGAAUAUUGAAUAAAAUUAUUUGCAUUUGCCAUAUAUUAUAUGUAUUUAUAGAUACAUUCACUGUUGGCGAUUACUGUAUCUAACCAAAUAAUGACAGAUACGAUAAAUAGUGACUAUGAAACAACAUUAAAGUGUGAAUAAGAAUGGAUUUAAAAUACAGUAAAGUCCAAAUUUCAAACUUGCGUAUACUUUUUUAAAGUCCUAAUUUAUUCAACGCCAUUUAUUGAAUUUUAUAAGAGAACAAAAAUACGAAAGGAAGCAAGAAGGCAAAAUGAGAGAUAAUAGAAGGUAGUAUUGUAUGGUAAAACGUUAAUUUUAGUUUUUUUGUCGUAAUUUUUUUUUGGUUGGUCAUUUUGUGCGUGCCUUUGAGAAUUGCCGGUAGUUGCAAUGCUUGCUAUGCGGGUAGGAAACCGCAGUUGGGGUUUGGUGAGGUUUUAAGAGGUACGCUUCUGCCCAUCCCUCGACCAUUAAGUUUCAUUAGUCGCCUCUUAUAAUAUCCACGGGAAUGGGAAAAAAUGGCCAAUUCUAUGUCAGGAUUACAGACAAUACAAUAACAAUAGAA